AUGGGUUUCUCUGACUUGCUCCAGUCCGCCGUCUCCCAGGCCGUUAGUCAAGCCACUAACAGCUCUGGCGGCAACAACAACAACAACAACCAGGGUGGUUCCAACCAGGGCUACGGAGGAGACUCUUACAGCGAGCGUCCCUCCCACGGCGGCAACCAAGGAGGCUACAACGACCGUCCCUCUCAGGGCUACGGAGGCGACUCCUACAACGACCGCCCUUCCCACGGCAACCAGGGAGGCUACAAUGACCGUCCCUCUUCAGGCUACGGAGGAGACUCCUACGGCGGCCGUCCCUCCCACGGCAACCAGGGAGGCUACAACGACCGUCCCUCUUCAGGCUACGGAGGAGACUCCUACAACGACCGUCCCUCCCACGGCAACCAAGGAGGCUACAACGACCGUCCCUCUUCAGGCUACGGAGGAGACUCCUACAACGACACCUCCUACAACGCCCCACCCCCCUCCCACGGCGGCUACCACAACUCCAACCCCUCCUCCCACGGCUUCUCCGACAGCGACGUGAGCCCAGCCCUCGCCCACGCCCAACAGCACUCUGACUCCUCCUCCGACUCGUCCCUCUUCAGCACCGCCCUGAACUUCAUCAAGGACAAGCGGGGCCGCUCUUCCUCCCCCGACAUCGACGAGGACCAGAUGGUCCAGUCCCACCAGCAGCUCUACAAUGACAAUGAUAGCAGCAAGGCCCAUGACUCGAACUCCCUGGGCGCUGGCGCUGCCAUGCAGGCGCUGAAGAUGUUUUCUUCCGGUCAGAGUGGUGGCUCUUCGGGCGGUGAUCAGAAUGCUUUCAUUGGUAUGGCUAUGAGCCAGGCUGCUAAGCUUUGGGAACAGAAGAAUUCGAGUGGCAAUGUGACCGAUGAUAAGCAGUCGGCUGUUAACAAGGCCGCUGAGAUGGCUAUGAAGAUGUAUAUGAAGAGUCAGGGUAGUGGAUCGUCUGGUAGCGGCGGGCCUGCUUUGAUGAACUUGGCCGCCAAAUUCCUGAGCAAAUAG